AUGAAAUUUUUUUGCUUAUUCAGAGGUAAAAGUCGGCUCCUGAAGACUAUUCCUUACAUUAUAUUCCCAGGGUCUCCAAGUACCCCAUGGCAGGCUCGAGGACAGCCUUCGGGAGCCGACCAUCACCAGACAUCGCCCUCGGGAGCACAACAACAUCAUUUCUCCAUUUCCUUUGCAGUGAUGAACAAUUAUCAAGCGGCAGCAGCAGCUCAAGCGCAGGCGCAAGGUUUCGGCCCUCCCGCUUCACCGCACACUACCGGCGCCAGGGCCGGCUUCCCAGCAGCUAAUUCACCCGGACCCACUAUCGAUAUGUACAACAGCAGCGGCGACAGCGUGGGCUACGCGGCACUAAUUUUCAACAUUUCACUUGAUACACCACUGUUGAAAGAUGGGCCCCAACAAUGCGUGUGCGGCGGCAAUGGUGCCAGAUCAAAAAUUGAAGCCAGCCUUGACGAGAGGCAGUACAAUAAUGCUGAGCUAGGCCCUUCAUGCAGGGGCUACUUCAACUCCGAAUUUCGCAUUCUUUUGUCUCCGAACACGAGUCUUUCGCCGUUCUUUUCUACUUAG